UCGCGGCGCAGCAUCCCCUCGCGGCAGUGCGUUUAAUCGGCGAGCGAAAGACUGUACCGGGAGUUAUCUCAUUGCUUUCCUCUCAAUUCUUCAAAUCUUGCUUUCACACUCUCUCUCUCUCGGACGGAAGACUCGUUCCUGCGAGAAAUCGGGAUCGAUCGUACAGUAUUAUCUUGGUGUAAUUUAAAGUAAAAAAAAAAAAGUCAAAAACUCAGACCGCGCCGUCAUCAUGGUAUGUUCUAUCGAUGAUAUUGCUGAUGAGCUGCCGGCGGAACAAAUUGCUGUCUUGCGCAAGGCUUUCGACAGCUUCGACCGGGACAAAAGCGGCAGCAUUCCCACCGACAUGGUAGCCGACAUUCUUCGGUUAAUGGGUCAGCCGUUCAACAAGAAGAUCUUGGACGAGCUCAUCGACGAAGUCGACGCUGAUAAAUCCGGACGGCUCGAGUUUGAGGAGUUCGUCACGUUGGCGGCGAAGUUUAUCGUUGAGGAAGACGCGGAGGCGUUGGAAAAGGAACUUCGCGAGGCAUUCAGGCUCUACGACAAGGAAGGUAACGGCUACAUCCCAACAACAUGUUUGCGUGAAAUUCUGAGAGAGCUGGACGAUCAGCUGACGACCGAGGAACUGGACAUGAUGAUCGAAGAAAUCGACUCCGACGGAUCCGGUACAGUAGAUUUCGAUGAAUUCAUGGAAAUGAUGACUGGUGAAUAAUCGUUUUGAGGAAACAACCGCUCUUGUGAAUCCAAAGACACUUACAUUUUACACACAUCACAUGAAACUAAUCAUUUGCGUGUUUGUACGAGAAAUCGCAACAAUGCGCGAACAAAAUAUUGCACAGAAAUUAUCUUUCGUUUUUACAAUUAUAGUCACGGAGGCAAACCUCUGCCACGAACAUCGCAUCGAAUGAAUUAUCUCUCCCGCUUUUAUACAUACGUCAUAUUAUUGUUGUAAUACAAGUUUUAUUUUAUUUCAUACACUUUUAACUCCUUGAAAUAUUUUCAAUAAAGAAAUCAAUAUA